AUUCACGUCACAUCCAAGCAAUUGUUGUCUCUACGGCAUAUCACGGUCAACACGGAGCCCAAGUUUAUCAGCAGUAAAAAACAACAUGGCGGACCAAAGACAAUCUGGGCGUAUCAAAGAUGUGCAGUCUCGUCGAAUUUUGGAUGCAGCAGCCCGCAGAAGACGUCAGCGAAAGGCGUUGGAAGCUUUGGAACAGGACAACUAUCAGGAUGAUCCUCAUGCUGAUCUCAAGAUGAGCAAGAAGGCACCAAAGUUUGAAGAGUCAAUGGAUACAACCAAGAAGAAGAAGAAGAUGCGAAGUGACUUCAUGAAGUAUAGAAUGAAGAGAAAUUUCUCAACGCUUUUAGAAGAAGAGCAAAUGAAUGCACGAGAACCACCAAACUACUUCACAGCUGGCGUACCUCCGUCGAGACUACCAGAACGACAUUUUUGCGCGGUGUGCGGAUUUAUUUCGAACUACACAUGUGUUGCUUGUGGUGCUAGGUACUGUUGUGUGAAAUGCUUAGGAACGCAUCAGGACACGAGGUGUUUAAAAUAUACAGCAUGAUUCGUUAUCCAUUAAUCUUGGAGUUUAAUUUGGAUUAUCGAGUAAUUCACUGUCUGAAUUGGACGUGUGUGACAUCUUGGAAUAUUUGAAGGGAGAUGACAUGUAUCUUUUAAGGAAUUGAGAUCACAGUUGUCGUAUUGAUGUCACUUAUACGUGUACAAAAAAUGGCAAAGUUGUAUGCAUGCACUAGCGCUGUGUGUUAUUCAAUCUCCAAGCCUCGCUAUUGGUAAAGGUUGCCAAGUGAUAUACAAGCACUAUUAAUGAAUGUAGAUUUGGCCUCACCCAGUUUCAGAGGCAAAUUGGAGCUCAUCCCUCAUUGGGAGGUUGAGUGUUAUUGUGCAAACAUAGCUCACUUGUACCGAGUUUACUUCAAAUUUUGAAAGAAGUUGAUUGAAAAUAUCUGUGUAGGUUGUAAGGUGUAAGUUGAUUGAAAAUACUUAUGUUAUUGAAUCUAAAGGUUUGAAGAUCAGUGACUGCACUUAUAUUUAAUCAGAUGAUAGAAACGCUAAUUAUAUUCACAAAUUAUAUUUAAUCAGAGCGUACAAGGAAGGCCUCCUAUAUUAAGCAACUGACGAGGUCAAUAGAGGGGUACACUGAACAAGACCCUGAGCCUGCCACUGGUGAAACUCUCGUCCACCGUCGUUUAUCCCAUCAGAGAAUCAUAUCUACUGUCGUUUGUGUGGGAAGAUGGCUUGUGGCUGUGCUGAAUCUGUUUUGACUAAAGCAAGUUAUUAUCUCUAUUGAUUCCCUUUGUUUGAUACUGAUUACCUUCAAAAGGCAUGAAAACCAUUCAAUUACGGGACCCACAGUAUGAAAUUAGCUUAGGCGUCAGUGGCGCUGUCUCGCGGCAGAAAAUUGAACUGAAAUCUUCGUCCAAAACUCUCAGUUCCACUUUCUACCGCUAGAUAGCACCACUGUCGCCUGAGCCCCUUUCCUAUGAAAUUUCGCAUGUUUUUAGGGCUUUUGCAUGAUUUUUGGUAUUGCCAAUGACAUAAGACACAGGGUGGGGGCCCUUUAACUGUAUUUGCAUGUACUAGUCUUGGAAAUAACCUCGACAGAUCUACAAUUUUUAUUCAUUUUCUUUGUGUCUUGGACAAUAUUUUAAAACCUUUGAUGACAGUUGUGAUAAUGGACUGGAACCUAGGCCUACAUCCAAGCAAUUGUGGUAAGACUUUUCAAGUCCCAAAGUUGUAGCUUCCAUUAAAUUUGACCUCUCUAAUCAGGACACCACUUACCAGUCCCAAGAGUGUCCUUGAUAGAGCGAUUCUACUGCACUCCUUUAUUUUUGUUCCCAAAUCCAUUGCUGUACUUGCCACUCCAGAGCCAAACAAAGCUAUGACCACCAAUACAGUCCCAUUCAUCAUCCCGAUCGUCCUUCGUCUAUGUACCAGGCAAUAAGACAAGGCCCGUCCAUUGCGUCUGGAGUGUAAAUGGGGCAUCUGAAGCUAAUUAGAAUUAAGCACUCCAAUGAAAUGCUCUUCUUCUGUAUUAAAGGGGACUUGGGGCUUCACUUCCCUCCAAGGGACAAUGUCACAACCUACUCAACACCAGCUUGAGCAGAGGAGUACCACAGGUUGUGACAUUGUCGCUAUCAACUCAAAGCAUUACCAGAUUAUUCAGGAGAAAGCAUUUCUUCUGCAGCUCUUAUCUAACAAUGUAACACCAUAAACAUUA